UCACCUGCAGGAAGAUUUCUCUUCAUUCUCCUGUCAAAUAUCAACUAAGACUGAUCGACCGUGUUCUACCUUUUCAGUGACGUCACAGCAGGUGACCAGCAUGACUUGGUUGGCAUGUUUGAUUGACAGGCUGCUGUGGGAGAGUCCUGCCGGCUCUUUGGUCCCCGCAGGCUUGACUUUGCUCCUCGGCAUCUUCUUUUUUGUCUUUGGAGAAUCUUUUUACGUCAUGACACUUCUAUGGAUCUUUGAGUGGACAUCAUCGCCAAAAAGGAGCCAUCUUUCCAGCAGGACGUCCAGCAGUUCGGGGCCUCCGCUGGCCGCCACCACUUCAAGAUGGCCGACGUCCUCCACUUCUGCCGCAGAGGAGUGGAGUGCAUCGUGGACGACGACGUCACCAAGCGCUUCUCGGCCCAGGAGUUGGACACCUGGAACUUGCUGACGAGGAGCAGCUCCAACUUCCACAAGAUCAGCAUGAGGCUCAGCGUGCUGUGGGGGGUCGGCGUCCUCCUGCGCUAUGGCGUCCUGCUGCCUCUCAGGCUGACUGUAGCAGUGACUGGCAUACAGCUGCUCUUUCUCUUCACCGCCAUCGUGGCUUGUUUACCAAACAGAGAGCUGAGAGUUUACCUGACUGAGAAGGUCCAUGGAGUUUGUUACCACCUCUGUGCAAGAUCCAUCUCAGCCAUUAUCACCUAUCACAACAGAGAGAACAAACCAAAGAGUGGGGGGAUUUGUGUAGCCAAUCACACAACACCUAUUGACGUCAUCAUCUUGGCCAACGAUGGCUGCUACUCCCUGGUGGGACAGCUGCAUGGUGGACUCAUGGGAAUGAUCCAGAAAGCCAUGGUUAGAUCUUCGCCACACAUCUGGUUUGACAGAGCACAAAUGAAAGACCGACAUCUAGUGGCCAAAAGGCUUGGAGAACAUGUUGCUGACAAAACCAAACAGCCCAUCCUCAUCUUUCCUGAGGGAACAUGCAUCAACAACACGUCAGUGAUGAUGUUCAAAAAGGGCAGCUUUGAAAUCGGCUGCACUGUCCACCCAGUGGCCAUCAAGUAUGACCCGCGCUUUGGGGACGCCUUCUGGAACAGCAGCAAGUUUGGCUUGGUCAACUAUCUGCUAAGGAUGAUGAGCAGCUGGGCCAUUGUGUGCAGCGUUUGGUACCUGCCGCCCAUGAACAGACAGGAAGAGGAGGAUGCGGUGCAGUUUGCCAACAGAGUGAAAGCUGCCAUUGCUGCACGAGGAGGAUUAGUGGAUCUCAUUUGGGACGGGGGUCUAAAACGGGCCAAGGUGAAGGAGACUCUCAGAGAAGAACAACAGAAACUUUACAGCAAAGUCCUCAGCGGUGAGACAAAAGUGGCGAUGAGGUGAAUCAUGCAAAUUAAUCUUAAAUGUAAACAUGGAACAAAAAGCUGUGCAUGCUCUUGUUGUUGUUGUUGUUGUUGGUAAAAGGCCAGUACAGUAAACAGUUACGUCAGGCCACUAAUUGGCUCAGUACUGUACUUCUAUAUAUAGGCCGUCUGCAAGGCUGCAGCAGGAAGUAGACCAGUGACUAAGUCCAAGACUACACAAUAUCCCUUUGUUUUAUCUCAACUUGAUUCUUUUUCUACAUUCUUGAUGGAGCACACAACUUCAGCAGACGUUACCAGGACUACAAAGUGUCAUGUUUUAGUAUUAGUAACAGCGAUAUGAAUUUUGUAUUAAUAAAAACUUUGUA